AUGGUAUCUGGAGUGGAGAUUGGCACGAGGAAUGAGCAGAAGGACGAGGAUGGCGCUGAGACGAGUUACAAAGACGAGCAAACUUCUCGAGGAAUCCGAUGGGAUACUCGUUCAUCAGCCUUCGAGGACGUCCAGGAUGUUUCGAGGAAUGUAUUCGGGCGUGGAAUCUGGAUGCGAGAGGUCUCAGGAGGGUCUCCAGAGUCUUGCAAAGAGCAGGAGAUUAGCGCAACGAACAAGGAUGAGGCCAGCAAAAAUGAACAAGCGUUUCUCGUCAUUAUCGACGUCCUCGACGAUGAUCUCACUCGAUGCAUGUGGGGUCAAGUGUCGUAUCGCAUCAACGGUGCGAUUUUUCAGUUUCUCCUUGCCGCCAGGCUCACUUGUUAUCGUGUAUGCUUCAGAGUACACAUACUACUCGGCAGAGGCUCAGUAGCGACGAUCCUCAACUCAGUUGCCGCUGUUACUAAUUGCUGUGGCGUUACUAAGCCCCGUCACUCUCGGCUUCCAUCUAGUCAGAGAGCGCAAGCGAGCGCUCCACUCCCAGCGCCACCUCACCUGCCCGCCUCCGCACUUACCGCACCCGCCACAUUCCCACCCGUGCCCUCCAUCGUGCUCCAGUGCCCGUCCCUGCCGUGGAACAUCACCGUCGAGCCCUCACCCACCGCCUCACCCAGUGGCGCAGAGUUCAUCUCGGUACAGGACGUGCUCGACGCACUAUACAGCAACAUGCAGACGCAGGUGAAGGAGGUGGAGUUCAAGGCACUGGCUGCGGCUAUGGGCAAGGCCGUGAGCGAUGUGUUUGGGAAGAGGUGGAAGACGUUCGUGAAUGGGAUGGAGAGGGAGAAGUAG